AUGAUGGAGCUCGCGUCUCGCCAAUACAUGCAAGCCGUCGUUAUUCGUGAGGGUAGAACAUUUGCGAUACAAGACCAUCCCAUCCCCUUGAUAGAUGAUAACGAUGUCCUCGUAAGGGUGGUUGCUGUUGCACAGAACCCUUCAGAUUGGAAAUUCAUCGACAGCAGUCAGAACGUUGGCACUAUUGUCGGCUGCGAUUGGUCUGGACAGGUCGUACAGAGGGGCAAGAACGUGGAGAAACCCGGUCUCGGCGAACACGUCGCAGGCUUUGCGAUGGGCGGGACGUUCGUUGACAGCGGUGCCUUCGCAGAAUACGUGAAAGCACCUGCAGAGCUCGUGUGGACCGUGCCACAGGGAGUUCUCAGCCACGAACAGGCUGCAACCAUGAAUGGCGGAGUCUGCACCGCAGCCCAGUGUCUAUACCAUCCGCAACGUUUAGGGCUUGUAGAGCCACCCGACAGAGCGGAUGGUUCGGAAUGGGUGCUGAUCUAUGGAGGGAGCUCUUCUGUUGGCCAAUACGCCAUACAGCUCGCACACCUCUCCGGAUACAAGGUGGUUACCACGGCAUCUCCGCACAACUUCGAACUCGUCAAAUCUCUAGGUGCAGAUGCUGUCUACGACUACAACGACCCUGACGUUGUGGCGACCAUCAAGCGGGCGACUGGAGACAGCGUACGUUACGCGAUUGAUACCCAGAGUACGAAGGACACGCAGCAGCUCUGUGCACGCGCAAUGGGAGCCAGCGGCGGGAAACUGAUCCUCAUGUUCCCGCCUACCUUCAAAGCGAAGAAGCUUCGGAAGGAUGUCGAGUUCAUCCCGACACUCGUCUACACCGCACUGGGUCGCCCGUUUGUGCUCGGUCCACAGGCGCAAUAUGCAGCACAGCCAAAAGACAGGGCGCAAAUCGCUAGUUUCUUGAAAAAGAUGGCAGAUCUCGUGCGGGAUGGAUUAGUCGUCCCAAACCGUAUCAAGUUCUGGGAGGGUGGUAUGCAAGCAAUACCGGAGGGUCUGCAAUACAUGCGGGAUGGUAAGGUCAGCGGAGAGAAGAUAGUGUACCGCUUCUGUGCAGACUCAGAUGUAUCGUAG